UCGGAACGCAGCCUUUAGCACUAUCUCGUCAGUGGUUAAGACGUUCGAGAAGUCUUUAGUUCGCCUCCGUGGCGGUUGGAUGUGGUUUUUGUAACUACGCAUAUUUUUUGAUCGUGGGGACUGCGUACGCGUUGUCCUUGUUUUUCUUUUACCUUCAUGCUACUGGAAAAUGGCGUAUGGACAAAGCUGAAUGCAGUCCGAAGCCAUAUAUUGAACUGAACUGAACUGAAGACGUUCGAGACAUAAACAUAACAAAUCCGGUUGCUUGUUAUUUUACAAGAAACUAUGUCAGAUAAUAAAAGUGACAAGGCUAAAGUCGAUCUCGGAUUACUUGAGGAGGACGAUGAAUUUGAAGAGUUCCCUGCGGAAGAUUGGACAGCAAAGGAUGAGGAUAGCGAGGAUAUCAGUGUUUGGGAAGAUAAUUGGGACGAUGAUGAUGUUGAGGACGAUUUUAAUCAGCAGUUGAGAGCCCAACUAGAGAAACAGAAAGCUACCAACGAAAUUGCCAAGGAGAAUUAAAUAUAUUAUUUUUUAAUUUUAUUACCUUAUAUAUAAAUAAACAUGUAGUUAAAUAUUAAGCUCAUGUGUACACCUAUAUUUCAUACAUAUACUAUUCCCCAUGAUCUUUGGAAUGUAACGAGAGCUGCGGUUUUGUAUAUCUUGUAUAACAUGCACCGUAUGUUUCACAGGAACAUACAUUUCCUUUGUACAAAACUUAGUCAUUAAAUAUAAAUAUGUUUUAGUAA